AUGGGAGAAGAAAACCAAACCUAUGUGACAGAAUUUAUCUUCCUGGGCCUUUCACAGGAUCCACAGACACAAGUCCUGCUCUUCUUCCUGUUUCUCAUUAUCUACCUGCUGACUGUACUGGGAAAUCUGAUUAUCAUUGUACUUAUUCACGUAGACUCCAGACUCCACACACCUAUGUAUUUUUUCCUUAGAAAUUUGUCAUUUGCUGAUCUCUGCUUUUCUACUACAAUAGUCCCACAGUUGCUAGUCCACUUCUUGGCAAAGAGGAAAACCAUUUCAUUUACUGGGUGCUCACUACAGAUAGUUGUUUUCCUUCUGGUUGGGUGUACAGAGUGUGCCCUGUUGGCUGUGAUGUCUUAUGACCGCUACGUGGCUGUAUGCAAACCCCUACACUACUCCACCAUCAUGACAAAUUGGGUCUGUAUCUGGCUGGCCAUAGGGUCCUGGGCCAGUGGGACAUUUGUUUCUGUGGUGGAUACUACAUUUACAUUACGUCUUCCCUACAAAGGAAACAACAUCAUUAACCAUUUUUUUUGUGAACCUCCCGCCCUACUGAAGUUAGCAUCAGCAGAUACGUAUAACACAGAAAUGAUCAUCUUUGCAAUGGGUGUGGUGAUUCUCCUAGCCCCUGUCUCCCUCAUCCUUGUCUCCUACUGGAAUAUUAUCUCUGCUGUGAUUCACAUGCAGUCGGGAGAAGGCAGGCUCAAGGUUUUUUCAACCUGUAGCUCUCAUCUGAUUGUUGUUGUUCUCUUCUACGGAUCAGCAAUCUUUGCCUAUAUGAGGCCAAAUUCCAACAAAAUGAAUGAAGGUGAUAAGGUGAUCUCUGUGUUCUACUCAGUCAUAACAUCUAUGAUGAACCCGUUCAUUUACAGCUUGAGGAACAAGGAUGUGAAGGAGGCAUUUUGGAAAGCAUUGGGGAGAUAG